AUUAUAGUCACGCAAGAUGAAAUCGACGACCCCGCAUGCUUUAUUCAAAGAUUUACUGCUUCACACUUCAGCAAUUUUUCAGUUUCCUCCCUCCGAUCUGUAUCUUGCAGCGUGCUUCUAGGGUUUUCAAUUCUUCUUUCCUCCUUCGAUUUUAUAUUUUACUAAUCGAAGCCUUUGAAUUGGAGAAAAAUUCGCCGGAAUGAAGCUCACUGUGAAAACUCUCAAAGGUAGCCACUUCCAAAUCAGCGUUCAGCCAAAUGACACGAUUAUGGCAAUAAAGAAAACCAUUGAAGAUGCAAAAGGAAAAGAUAAUUACCCAUGUGGUCAGCAAUUGUUAAUUCAUAAUGGGAAAGUACUGAAAGAUGAAAGUACCUUGGCUGAGAAUAAGGUCUCUGAAGAUGGUUUUCUGGUUGUCAUGCUAACCAAGACUAAAUCUUUGGGCUCAAGUGGGUCAACUUCUUCUCAGCAGCCUGCACCUACUGCAGCAGCAGCAACUGCAGCACCUGUGAGUAAUCCAACUCCUGCAGCCGAAGCCCGACCAUCAUCUCCUAUUCCAAAUAGCAGCAGAUCCGCUUCAGUUGCUCCCUCAAGCAACAGCCCUUUGGACCCUUAUGCUCAAGCUGCUUCAAAUUUAAUCGCUGGCAAUAGUCUCGAUCAAACUGUGCAACAAUUAAUUGAGAUGGGAGGUGGCAGUUGGGAUAGAGAGAUGGUCACUCGUGCACUUCGAGCUGCAUACAAUAAUCCAGAGCGAGCUGUGGACUACCUGUAUUCGGGAAUUCCGGAGAGCACAGAAGUUGCUGUUCCACUGGCCCAGCCAGCAGUUGAUUCUGUUAAUGUGACUGGUGCUGCUCUUGCCGCGCCUGCUUCAGGGGCACCAAAUUCAUCCCCAUUAAAUUUGUUUCCUCAGGAGAACGUUUCUGGUGGUGGUGGUGUUGGAUCCCUUGAUUUUCUAAGGAACAACCCGCAGUUUCAAGCAUUGCGUGCUCUGGUUCAAGGAAAUCCACAAAUUCUUCAGCCAAUGCUACUGGAGCUUGGAAAGCAGAAUCCUUCACUAUUGUCGCUCAUACAAGAAAACCAACAGGAGUUCCUCCAAUUAGUUAAUGAGCACGUUGAUGGUUCUGAAGGGGAUAUAUUUGAUCAAGGAGAGCAAGACAUGCCUCAUGCUGUUAGUGUCACACCAGAAGAGCAGGAGGCUAUUGAAAGAAUGGAGGCGAUGGGUUUUGACAGAGCUCGUGUUAUUGAAGCCUUUUUAGCAUGUGAACGAAACGAAGAAUUAGCAGUCAACUACUUGUUGGAGAAUGAUCGAGAUUUUGAGGAGGAUUGAGCCCUUUUCAACUAACAUUCGUUCGACAAAUUUUUUUUUACACAGGUAUCCGUGAGAUUUGAUCUGUUGUGCCCUGUGUGACUUUGGUUACAAGUUAUAAGAACUGUUUUUCAGUGGUUUGGUUCAGACUGAGAUGCAUUAAUGACGGACAUGAAUUGGCGUUUCAACGCUUAAUUUUCUCAUAGGGUGACUGUAUUUUUAUUUACUUAAUUUGUGUUUUGUAGAAUUUUGAGAUGAAAGUUCUGGAGACUAAACUUCAAAAACUACUUGGUUUGUCCUACGAAAAAAUUAAUGUUUUGACAUGAUUAAUUGGUACCUAUUUUGUUCACUUUUGCUGUUGACACAUUCUCAAGCACCGUGGAUCACAG